GCGGUUUUCGGAUACAUGUUGUAGACUGUCAGAACAUAACAAACCGCGGUGUAACAUAUUUAUUGCACAUUUGAGUCAUCAAAGGAACUGGAAUGUAAAUUUGCCGCAUUAUUAUACCACACUUGUUAACGCAUGGUAAUUUUGAGCUGAACUUCAUCUAUGGGGGCAAUAAGAACAUGGUGCUGAAACUGUGUUGUAGAUUUCUUCGAUCAGGAGAAGGCGACGGAGGGCAGGGAAAAGAUGAUGUAAUUUUCCUUGCGAGAAAUGUCAAAGGGCUCAGGCUCUGAACUGCACAAAAGUGUGUGCUUUGUUUAUGGCGGGUGUUUGUGUUCGCCGACAGAGCCGCGAAACUGCUUUGUCCGGGUUAUGACCAGCGUUUCUCGCUUUACUGCCUAGCUUUCUUCCCCCCGGGAAGACAGGAUGGAGUGUGUUGGCGAUUUUGAGUACAACAGAAAAGAUCUGAUCGGCCACGGGGCAUUUGCGGUUGUUUUCAAAGGGAGGAGAAAACAGAAACCAGAUGAGAUUGUGGCGAUCAAGUGUAUCAACAAAAAGAAUCUCUCCAAGUCUCAGAGCUUACCAGAAAAGGAAAUUGAGAUCUUGAAGGAUCUUCAUCAUGAAAAUGUUGUGUCCUUGCUCCAUUUUAAGGAAACCUCAACAUCAAUGGUCCUUGUUAUGGAGUACUGUAAUGGUGGUGACUUGGCCGACUAUCUCCACGCCAAAGGCACACUUAGUGAAGACACGAUACGAUUCUUUCUGAGGCAAAUAGCUGCGGCAAUGGAGGUUCUACACAAUAAGGGCAUUAUACACCGAGACCUCAAGCCUCAGAAUCUGUUGCUGAGUCACCAGUCUAAGAAGACCCCACCUCCAUCGGACAUCAGAAUCAAGAUAGCUGAUUUUGGAUUUGCCAGGAUCCUAGAGGAAGAUAUGAUGGCCGCAACACUGUGCGGUUCGCCUCUCUACAUGGCUCCAGAGGUCAUCAUGUCCCUGCAGUAUGAUGGCAAGGCUGAUUUGUGGAGUCUGGGAACCAUCCUGUUCCAGUGUCUGACAGGGUCUGCCCCGUUCAAAGCUUCCAAUCCCCCAGAGCUGAAGAAAUUCUACCAGCGAGCCAAGCAUGUGCUGCCUGAUAUUCCUCAAGGCACCUCUAAGGAAUUGAAGGAUCUGCUUGUCCGGCUUCUAAAGCGAAACCAGAAAGACAGGAUAGAAUUUGAUGCAUUCUUCAGUCAUCCCUUCCUUGGAAAGAAAGUGCAACCUACCUCAUCCGCCCCUAUGCCAGUUCCCAGUCGCAGGCACAGCUUUGUGGCCGACUCCCCCGAGCGACGCACCCUCUCCGUUUCACCCCUGUCAGGCAAUCUGCCCAUCUCCUCCCCCGAGGACCAGGCGCCGAGGAAGCACCGGUCGUCAUCGUCCCAUAGUGACACCAGCCGCGGAGGUGGCACCGUGUCCAGCUCGCCGGAUAAGUACGGGGCCGGGACGCCACAGAGCAUCAGCUCCCUGGAUAACGAGAUCGUAGAAGGGGAUUUUGUGCUUGUCUCACCACACUUUCAGUGUACAGGCUUUGAGCAGUCACCAAAGAAUAGACGGAUGGAUCGUCAGAGAUCAGUCAGUGACCCUCCCCAGGCCUCCCGGCGUAGUUCCCUCCCCUCUCCCCCUCCUCCUACUCCCAUGGGCCUGUAUGCCACCAAGGCACCGGGGGCUCGCUCGCCCACAGACGGAAGCCAGUCUCCAAGCGAGAGGCCCACAAGUCUUCCCCUAACCGCGGGAUCACCAGGCCAGUCCAGCCUGAGUCCCAGUCGUCACCAGCCGCCAGGCAUCAAGAUGACGCCCCCUUCCUCAGGCCCCCAGAGUGCAACAAGCCCGUCCAAGACUUCCCCUCAGGGUGUUCAUCAACUCCAGUUUGGCAAACUGCCAAGUCCAGUGGCAGCAGUGGGAUUGACCUCCCCAAAUAGUCUCCCUUCAUCAGGAUUAUCAGGUACUGGAGUCAUCCAUAGAGUCUCUGGUCGCCCACAGGCCUCCCCUUCUCCACCACUGUUCAGGCUCCCUGCUAGCUCCAACUCCCCACCUCCGGCAGAAGGGGGAGCCACAGCUCAGAAGUGGUCCCCACCCGCGAUAAAGCACCCGGGGUCUGGCUCGCCCGCAAGGAGGAAAUUGUCCUCGCCAGCGAGAAUAUCCCCUCUGGCUUUCACCAACCCAUCCGCCCUCCCAACAAUAAUGGGAUCGCCCACCAAGAGAGGAGACAAGGCAACCUCUCCCAUGAGGACAGAAGAUACCAUUUUAGAAGCGCCCCUCAGUGCCCCCUUCGCCAGGUCCCAGCGCAACAAGACCUUCUCCGGUGCUAUCAGCGGCUACGAUGGGGAAGACUGUUCCCCCAAGGAGGUGGGCUUCUUUCCCCGUAGUGCCAGCUCUGGCCGGCUGGACCAGUACUCCCUCAAGGCUGCCUUUGAGAGCCUGGGCAAGUCGCCCGCCGGGAGCAUCGAGGGACUGGCAGCCGUUCUGGCCAACAGCCCGCCCACCAAUGCCAAGUUCUACAUCGGUAGCACAUCGCGACGCAACUCGGCCCUGCUGUCAGAGGGCUCCCCCAGUAGCCAGAGCUCCAUCACCUACGCAGCAUCCCCUCCCAACAUGAUGGGCCCCAUCACGUUUGUUGCUCCUGAACUGCCCGAAGAAACCCUGUUAGAGCCUGAACACAAUGAAACAGUAGAACGCCUGAACACCAUCCUACACAUUGUAGAUGCCAUUACAGAGGUGGCCCAGCAACGUAGUGACCCACUGGCUGAGUCCAUGUAUGGUGUGGAUACCGACAUAGGCACGGGGGACCAGGUGUGUUUUGUCAGUGAAGGCUACAGGAGAGCCGAGCAGCUGGUGCUGUAUGCACGAGGUUUGGAGCUAAUGUCAGCUGCCUUGGAAAUGGCCAAAUCGGAAAUCCUUGCCGAGAGAUUGAAACCUUCAAACGCGGUCCGCAACGUUGUCACAGUCCUAAAUGACCGGUACCACCACUGCCUCAGCCGGUGCCACUCUCUGUACGACAGGAGCAUGAGCCGGUCCCGUGUCGUGGAGAGAGAUAAGAUCACCGCUGACAAGCUCAUGUACAACUAUGCAGUGGAGCUGUGCCAGAGUACCGGGCUAGAGGAGCUGUUUGGCAACCCGCAAGAGUGUGCUAGCCGUUACCACACAGCCCAAUGGCUACUGCACGGACUAUGCCUCCAGGCAACGUCCGACAGCGAUAGGGAUCUGCUUCUGAAAUACAAACUACUCCUCGAUCAAAGAAUCCACCAUCUGGAAAGACAGUCUAGCCCUGCCUUAGCCUCACUAGCCGCUUCGUGAGCCAACGGAACAAAACAAAAUGUGUUUGGUAGAGGAAUACUGGUAGCCAAGACACAAACACUUGCUGCUGAGAAAUCCAGAUCAUCACAGGAUCUCUGCUUAGCAGGUGUAGAGUUCACCUGUUGGACGCUCAAUUGCCCGAGACGUGGGGCUGAUGUUUUGGAGCUGCUGUGGACUGAACUAGGAAGAAACGCCAGGUGUUUGCCAAUAUUUAUUUGCUAAUCCAAGCAUUUCAGCUGCAAAUCAAUUAUCUUGUGUAGUGUUGGUCUUGACGUCGUUUUGGCCGCCAACCUCAUUUUUUUUGCCAAGCUCAUUUCAUCCAGAGUUCAUCUGUACGCCAAAAGAGCAUGCACGCAGAAAUGUGGAAGUUGUGCACCGAGAUGAAAUCCCUUCCGUCACUCCUGGCCCUCUGUAAGGCCGGUUCAUACGUCAAGCGAGUAUGAAAGUGAAGAGAGGUUGACGGCACAAAACGUUUGCAGCAAAAUUCAUUUGAAUUGAAACAAGUUCAACUUUGCCAAUUGACAGCACGAAUACCGAUCUGCUGUCACCGUUUUGUGUCCGUACUCGCUCUCACAUCGAGUGUUAACCAACCUGUGAUCAGAGCAUGUGUUCAGCAAGGCAGCUGACACCGAUGCUGUUUGUUGCCAUGAAGGUGUCAGUGUCAUCAGCCAUGAUAUCCGACUUAAUCAUUAUUUCACAGUUCUCAUGUCGCUUCUUAUCAAGUGAUAUGUUAAGUGAUUUAGAAUCCCACACUUGACACAACCUUAUUAGUUGUGAAGCAUAGAACACCAUUGUUGCUUCGAUUAAAUAGCAUUUUUUCUAGACUACAGAAAUGAGCUGGUUGUUAUGUUGGAUAGUGGGAACAUUAAGCUGUCUUCAUGUGUCUUUGUCAGCUGUCUUUGCAUCUGAAAGGAAAUCUGCCAAGCUGCCUAGUCAUGGGCCUUUGAUGCUCAAUAUUUGUGGACUCCAGUGUGGCACAGAGGUGCUUGAUAACACUUGAGAAUUUUUGCAGUUAGAGUAGGAUGCAAUUCAAAAUGAGCUUCCUCAAGCCAAGCACUCGUGGGUGUGAGUUUGCCAUUGCAAACUGCUGUAUUUAAGUGACAACAAAAUUGACUGUGUCUGGACUUGAACCAAAGACCUCUUGAUUUCUUGUCAUGCACUCUGCCCACUAAACUAUUUGACAAGCACAUGAAUAGUUAAACACACGGCAGGUGUUGAUUUACAGUCUAUGUAGUGAGCCUGUCAGAAUUAUGUACAUUGGUGAUAUUUAACAGAUCUCUCUUCUUUUUCCUGAAGACAGAUAGUUUCUUCAAUGUGCCACCCAUAUAAUUGUCUUGAGGCACUUUCAAAAGGCAACUGGUGACUGUGAUCCGCCUUUAAAGGAGCUAUUUGGGUUGAAUUUCAGACUUUUUUUUGGUGCGUGGAAACGAAGCUGAAUACUUACUGUCAUACGUUUGAAGGUGAGGAUUUGUCCUAAUAUUCCUUCAAGUUUAUUUUGUAUUUUUUUUAAAUUAUUCUCACCCUAUCCUCUUGGAUGCGAGGAGAGAGCGGGGGGGAAACGGCCAGACCUGCUGAUGUUGUGCAAGGACACUGUGUGCUGAUACAUGGCGGUCUAUUUUGUAUUCCAUGUGUGUGAAUUCUGGGACUGGGAGACUUGGAUAAUUUCCCCCCCCCCCCAUUUUUUUUUUCUUUUUCUUAACUUGCCAAAGCAGACUUGUAAAUAUAAGGUGAACAGCGUGGGUGAGUGAGUCAGCUGAUGUCGGUUCUGCAGAGUAUUUGUGGCUGGUACUCGUGCUAUUUAUUUGUGUCUGCAAUGUGGUCUGUUACCAUCUUACAUAAUAUGCCAUCAGCUGCACUUGUAGUUUUACAAGGAAUGUGUAUUAGCUGAUAAAAUACAGUAUUUUACGACGCCUUUUCAGAAACAUGUUUUCAGGAUACUUCGUAUCCGUAUGCUAAAGUUAAGAAGAAUUGCCUUUGAAAGUGUACUGGAGUGAAACAUGGUAAACCAGUGCGGGUUACAGAAAGGGCAGAAUGGUGUACUUUCAGAAAGGCGGCCUUCAUGUUGACUGCUGCGUUGUUGCAGUUACCAGCAGUGUUGAUUUUCAGAGAACGUAGGUCUUGUGUCAAAUGGCAGGUGUAUGUCAUUUUGUUAUCGUGUGUAACUAGAAUGUGGAUGCAAGUUACAUUUAUUUGUCAUUUAUUGUAUUUAUUUACUGUAUUUAUUUUUAAUUAUGUGUGGAAGCUGUUACUGUCACACAGACUGGUACAAAACGUACAUGUGUAGGUUUUGUUUUCAUGUACAUAAUGUUUAUAUAUGUUUGUUGAAGGAUAAAUUAUUGUCAAAAGUUGAUUUUCAUUUUCCCCAUUUUUUUCUAAGGGGAGUUUGUUUUUCCAAUGUGGAAAAGAAAAGGGAUUUUGGGGGCAUUGUAGUGUGGUAAUCUCUCCAGUCGUUAAGCUGCAGUGUAAAAUUUGCUUUGAUUGUUUCUUUGAAGGAGUUCGCAGCUAAAUACAACUUUAUUAUCAUGUACAUAUUGUCCAUUUAAUUGCCAUUCGGAUAACUCCGAAUUUUUGUUUCCUAAUCAAUGUCUUAUCAAUAUGUAAAGUAACAAUGUAUGUCCAGCCAAAAUGUAAAUUUUAAAACAGUGUACAUAAUUGAGAACGACCAAAACUCUGAGAUUGUAUAUAAAAGUUAAGGUGCAAAUGCAGAAAGCGUCGAACGAAAACAAUAAAAUCAACUGAAUUUAAUAAGA